UCUUGCUUCCCAGGCUCCUCUCUGCAUUCUCCCCAUUUUCCCAACAACAUGCAUCCUGCCAGUUUACUCAGCUCUUGCUGCCUCCUCCUGCUGCUGGGGGCCCUGCCUGGAUGGGCAACCAAAGAUGAUCCUAUUGAGAAGGUCAUUGAAGGGAUCAACCGAGGUCUGAGCAAUGCAGAGAGAGAAGUGGGCAAGGCCCUGGAAGGCAUCAAUAAUGGAAUCACUCAAGCUGGAAGGGAAGUGGAGAAAGUUUUCAAUGGACUUAGCAACAUGGGGAGCCAGGCCGGCAAGGAGGUGGAAAAGGGGAUCAACCACGGCUUGGACAAGGUAGCCCAUGGGAUCAACAAUGGCAUCGGACACACAGGAAAGGAAGCAGAGAAACUUGUCCAUGGGGUCAACCACGCGUCUGGACAGGUUGGGAAGGAGGCAGACAAAAUCUAUCAUGGGGUGCAUUCUGGGGUCAACCACGCGGGAAGUGAAGCAGCGAGGUUUGGUCAGGGAGCCCACCAUGCUGCAGGGCAGGUUGUGAAGGAAGGAGAGAAAUUUGGUCAAGGGGUCCACCAUGCUUUUGAUCAGGCUGGAAAGGAGGCACAUAAGUUUGGUCAAGGAGCCCACCAUGCUUUUGGUCAGGCUGGGAAGGAGGCACAUAAGUUUGGUCAAGGAGCCCAUCAUGCUUUUGGUCAGGCUGAGAAAGAGGCACAUAAGUUUGGUCAAGGAGCCCAUCAUACUUUUGGUCAGGCUGAGAAAGAGGCACAUAAGUUUGGUCAAGGAGCCCAUCAUACUUUUGGUCAGGCUGAGAAAGAGGCAGAGAAGAUUGGCCAAGGGGCCCACCAUGCUUUUGGGCAGGCUGGGAAGGGGGGAGAGAAGUUUGGUCAAGGGGUCCACCAUGCUUUUGGUCAGACUGAAAAGGAAGCACAUAAGUUUGGUCAAGGGACCCACCAUACUUUUGGUCAGGCUGGGAAAGAGGCAGAGAAUAUUGGUCAAGGAGCCCAUCAUGCUUUUGGUCAGGCUGGGAAGGCGGGAGAGAAGUUCGUUCAAGGAGCCCAUCAUGCUUUUGGUCAGGCUGGGAAGGAGGCAGAGAAUUUUGGGCAGGGGAUUCACCACUCUGUAGGUCAGGCUGGGAAGGAGGGAGAGAAGUUCAUUCAAGGAGCCUACUAUGCUUUUGGGCAGGCUGGGAAAGAUGGAGGGAAGUUAGGUCAAGGGGUCCACUAUGUUGCAGGUCAGGCUGGGAAUGAGGCAGAGAACUUUGGUCAGGGAGUUCACCUUGCUGCAGGUCAGGGUGGCAAAGAGGGAGAGAAGUUUGUCCAGGGGCUCCACCAUGCUGUGAGUCAGGCUGGGAAUGAAGCAGAAAAAUUUGGUCAAAGAGCUCAACAUGCUUUUGGUCAAGCUGGGAAGGAGGCAGAGAACUUUGGUCAAGGAGUCUAUUAUGCUGCAGAUCAGGCUGGCAAGGAGGCAGAGAAGUUUGCUCAAGGGGUCCACUAUGCUGCAGGUCAUGCUGGGAAGGAGGGAGAGAAGUUUGGCCAGGGGAUCCACCAUGGUGUGAGUCAGGCUGGGAAUGAGGCAGAGACGUUUGGUCAAGGAGCCCACCAUACUUUUGGUCAGGCUGGGAAGGAGGCAGAGAAGUUUGGUCAAGGGGCCCACCAUGCUUUUGGUCAGGCUGGGAAAGCAGGAGAAAAAAUAAUCCAAGGGGCCCAACCUGAGCUUAGCCAUGCUGCAAAGGAGGCACAACAGUUUGGCCAUGAUACUCAGUAUGUUACAGGGAAGGCUGGGAAAGAGGGAGGCAAGGUAAUCCAUGGUAUCCAACCUGGGGUCAACCAGGCUGGGAAGGAGGUAGAGCACUUUGGCCAGGGAGUUCACCAUGCCGUUGAACAGGCCGGAAAGGAGGCGGACAAAGUGGCCCAAGGGGUCCAUGCUGGGGUCAACCAGGCCGGGAAGGAGGCAGAGAAAUAUGGCCAAGCGGUCAACUAUGCUGCGGGCCAGGCUGGAAAGGAGGCGGAGAAACCUGGCCAAGGUGUCCACCAUGCUGCUGGCCAGGCCGGGAAGGAUGUGGACAGGUUGCAGCAGGAUGUUCAUAAUGGGGUCAACCAAGCCAGCAAGGAGGCCACCCGGCUGCUGAAUGGCUCUCAAUACAGCGGGCAUACCGGCCAGCACGGAGGAAUCGCAACCACCCCAUUAGCAUCUGGAGCCUCGGUCAACAAGCCUUUCAUCAACUUUUUGGGUCUGUGGAGGAGCGUCGCCAACAUCAUGCCCUGAACUGAUACCCUGGCACACUGACGUUCCUGUUGUCAUACCAGCUGAAAUGACCUGAGGAACUAGGGGUGGGGGAGAGGUUCCCGGAGUCCCUUAAAAGGCUGUACUGAGAUUUAUGAAUAAAUAUGACCUGUUCUCUUCUCUCA